GAGCUGGCUGCCCUUGCCAAGGAGCAGCUCCGCACUCAAACUGCCGAAGUGCAGGGCUUGCUGCAGAGGUGGGAGCAGCGCUUCGAGACGCUGCGAGGCCACAUCGAGGCUGAAGCCUCGUUUCGCCUUAGUGGCGAGACCCGGAGGCGCAUGGAUUCUGAGAAGCUCCUCACAUCGCUGCUCGGCGAUCUCAGCGAAAUCCAGCGGGAGUUUCACCUCAACACGGAGACUGCCGAGGCUGCUCAACCUUUCGGCACUCCACGCCGGUCCGCUGUGCCCGCCAAGGCCGGCUUCCUCCGUCGUUCCGCAGGUGGCGGAGGAGCAGAGCCCAACAAGGAUCCCGAACCGGUACGAGGGCUUCCCGGGGCCAUCCUCGCGCCGCCGACUCUGCACCCGCGAACGGCUGCUAUCAGUCGCACUGGGCCGGCCAGAGCGCCAGAAGCGCAACGAAGCAUCCUCGAUGAG